UCUAGUGCGGACGGUUAUUGUGCCGAUUUCUCGUGCAUACCCGUUAGAGAAUGGGACAGAACCAGUCGGGCGGAAGUGGAGGUGAUAAAAAGGAUGAUAAAGAUAAGAAGAAAAAGUACGAACCACCAAUUCCGACACGGGUCGGUAAAAAGAAGCGCAAGGCGAAGGGGCCAGAUGCGGCCCUAAAGUUGCCACUGGUCACGCCACACACCCGAUGUCGGUUGAAGCUGUUGAAACUGGAGCGCAUCAAGGACUAUCUGCUGAUGGAGGAGGAAUUCAUUCGCAACCAAGAAAGACUGAAGCCACAGGAGGAAAAGAUCGAAGAGGAGCGCUCGAAAGUGGACGAUCUGCGCGGAACGCCGAUGUCGGUCGGGACACUGGAAGAGAUCAUCGACGAUAAUCAUGCGAUCGUUUCCACGUCCGUGGGUAGCGAGCACUACGUCAGCAUCUUGUCGUUCGUCGACAAAGACCAGCUGGAACCGGGCUGUUCGGUGCUGCUCAACCAUAAGGUGCACGCUGUGGUCGGUGUCCUCGGGGAUGAUACCGAUCCCAUGGUGACGGUGAUGAAGCUGGAAAAAGCCCCGCAGGAAACGUACGCCGACAUCGGUGGGCUGGACACACAGAUCCAGGAGAUUAAAGAGUCUGUCGAGCUACCGCUUACGCAUCCGGAGUACUACGAGGAGAUGGGCAUCAAGCCGCCGAAGGGUGUGAUCCUGUACGGUCCACCCGGAACGGGCAAGACGCUGCUGGCAAAGGCGGUGGCCAACCAAACGUCCGCCACGUUCCUGCGAGUGGUGGGCUCGGAGCUGAUUCAAAAGUACCUCGGCGACGGUCCCAAGCUCGUCCGUGAGUUGUUCCGCGUGGCCGAGGAACAUGCCCCUUCGAUUGUGUUUAUCGACGAGAUUGAUGCCGUCGGAACGAAGCGAUACGAUUCGAACUCGGGUGGAGAACGUGAAAUCCAGCGAACCAUGUUGGAGCUACUGAACCAACUGGACGGAUUUGAUUCGAGAGGCGAUGUGAAGGUGAUCAUGGCCACGAAUCGUAUCGAAACCCUCGAUCCCGCCCUCAUCCGUCCGGGUCGAAUUGACCGUAAAAUCGAGUUCCCGUUGCCCGAUGAGAAGACGAAACGACGCAUCUUCAACAUCCACACCGCCCGCAUGACCCUGGCCACGGACGUGAAUCUUUCCGAGCUGAUCAUGGCGAAGGACGAUCUGUCCGGAGCGGACAUUAAGGCCAUCUGCACGGAGGCGGGCUUGAUGGCACUUCGGGAGCGUCGAAUGAAAGUCACCAACGAGGACUUCAAAAAAUCGAAGGAAAGUGUGCUCUACCGGAAGAAGGAAGGAACGCCGGAGGGACUCUACAUGUAAAUCUGGGGCGAUCGUAUCUCAAGCAUAAAA